CUCAAAUCCUCUGAUUGGUUUAGCAGCCCAGCUCAGCUGGUUUCCUCUUGCAUGUGUGCUGGUGUUUUGUUAUUUUGGUCCUUGCGGGCUUCGUUUACCAAUACAUUUCAAAUACACUUUUAGUAGACUCCCCAUACCAUUUCAAUAACAAAAUGUCCCCUGCGGAAGAUGCAGAAAAUAAUUGCGGCUUGAAUCAGCUCAUUAAAUUUGAGAAGCUUUCGGGGAGGCCUUGUAUCAGAGAUUCAGGCACAAAGAAGAGAGUGCGAUGGCUUCAGGCCCGGAGGAUCUUCUCCCAUUCCUGUCCCAACCUCCGCAUCCCCAACAGGUUUCUGAGAGAAGGUCAUGCGGCCCCGCCAGCCCGUAGUGGACACCGCUGUGUAGCCGACAGCGCCAACCUCUAUGUAUUCGGUGGCUACAACCCAGACUUCGACGAGGCCGGGGGGUCGGAGAAUGAAGACUACCCGCUGUUCAGGGAGCUGUGGCGCUUCCACUUUGCCACUGCGACCUGGCAGCAGGUCCGCACAGAAGGCUACACGCCCACAGAGCUGGCAUCCAUGUCAGCUGUGCUGCAUGGCAACAACCUGCUGGUGUUUGGCGGCACGGGUAUCCCGUUUGGUGAGAACAAUGGCAACGACGUCCAUGUGUGCAACGUCCAGUACAAGCGCUGGAACCUGCUCAACUGCAGGGGCAAGAAGCCCAACAGAAUCUAUGGCCAGGCUAUGGUCAUCAUCAACGGCUACCUGUAUGUGUUCGGAGGUACCACAGGAUACGUGUACAGUACUGACCUGCACAGGCUGGACCUCACCACCAGGGAAUGGACCCACCUCCAUCCCGACAACGCCCCCACAGACCUGCCUGAGGAGAGGUACCGACAUGAGCUGGCUCAUGACAGCCAGAGGAUCUACAUCCUGGGGGGAGGAACUUCCUGGACGUCCUGUAGACUAGACAAGAUUCAUGCCUACAACCUGGAGACCAACUACUGGGAGGAGAUUGUCACCAAGCCUCACAAAACAAUAGGUUACCCUGCAGCCCGACGCUGUCACAGCUGUGUACAGGUGAAGGAUGAGGUGUUUAUAUGUGGAGGUUACAAUGGGGAGCUGAUUCUGGCUGACCUGUGGAAGAUCAGCCUGCUCACCUUCCAGUGGACUAGACUGCCUGCUGUGAUGCCUGAGCCAGCAUACUUCCACUGCGCUGCUGUCACUCCGGCGGGCUGCAUGUAUGUCCAUGGAGGGGUGGUAAACAAGGUGGACAACCGAAGGACUGGCUCUCUGUAUAAGGUGUGGCUGGUGGUGCCCAGUCUGCUGGAACUGACCUGGGAGAGGCUGCUGAAGACCUGGCCCCGCCUGGCCCACCUCUCCUCUCUGCAGCUCCUCAGCCUGGGCUUUACACACUCACUUAUCCAGCGCCUCAAAUAAAGCCCCCGCUUGGGGUCAGACAAGGACCAGAGGUCAGGGGUGGGACGGACCAGCGAACCCCAUCAGUGGUUCACCAAUAGCUACACAGACCACGUUGCCAACAAACUAAUAGAAGCCUGUGCUAUUGGGAGGUCCAAGAGUGGACUGAGGAAGUGGACAUGGACUAAUGGGCUGGUCUUCCUCCAAACUCUUUUAAAGCUUUUAGAAAAUAUUGUGUACUUUUUUAUUCAAUUUUUGAGUGUCUUUUGGCGGGUGCUGCUCCCUCCUUAAUAUUUGGAAUAGUCACCCAAUGCUGUCUAUUUUGUGUAUAGUUUUUAGUUUUUCUAAAGGCAUUUCCACUCCACACUUUACUCAGUGCUGUUUUAAAUCUUGUUAGUGUACACACACACACACACACACACGAAAACAGGCAAAAGUUUGAUAACUGGGGUUCGAUAUUUAUUUGAUAUCUUGGAUGGUCUUUAAGUACUGGGGUUGCAGUCUCUCUGGACUAGGACAUGUUAUUGGCUUUCUGACAUGUUAUUGUUCUCCUCCUUGCAUAACAUUGGUCGAGCCUGUUAGAAACGGCUACAGGCAGUCCAGAAGGCUGCUGUGUCCACUGUCACAAACUCACAGGUGAAACGGAUGCAAAAAAAAUUCAGCUUCCAAGAGAAGAUUGAUUUAGCUGUCAUUUUGGACUCAUGUUGGUCAUAGUUGUCAGGUAGGGCAGAGAUGGGGCGGGGCUAGGGCUGAGCUGGGGUUAAGUAAGACCGUGGGAAAUCCCUUGAUUCUAACCAGAGCCUUUUGUGAAUCACUGUGAAUCCUGUAGUGCCUGGUGUGUCUCCAGUCUGUUAGUCACAAUCUCAAAAUAAUGCCAAUUCCUCCAGUGCCUUCUUCAGAAUUGAAUAUCAUGUUUUUAAAUCAUGUACGUUUUCUUUCCUUAAUUUGACUACCUUGUUUCAGUGAAAGAUAAUGACUGAGGCAUGCAAACCAUGAUGGUGUACAUGUGCAUGUAACCUUUUGUAUUUGCAAAUAUGAGCCAUUAAGCCUUAAUCUGUGUAAUUUAUUCUCCAAUUCAGUUCACUGGUAUUUGGUCCAAGCAGUCAGUACAUCUUCUAUGAAAAGGGGUAUGGCUAUCUGAACUUGUGAGUUGUUGCUGUUCACCCUUGCCAUGAAAUUGGACCCAGUGACAGAAUGCUAUUUAUUUCAAUGACAUGUAUUGACUUCUGUUUAUUUGACCUUAUUCUCUAUAAAAUGUCCCCAUCCUACCAUAACAACCAUCAGGCUGUUCUCUGGUACCGACAUAAUGACCAGUGGCCUUCCAACUGUAGUUUGACGGCAACAUUGCAGCUGGUCAAAUUUGACUGGGGGCUGUUAUGGGGGUUACCCACCUAGUGAUGUCAUAAUGCUACUGGGGGGGUUACACUUCAAGGGGGUUAGUUGAUCCCGGUUACACUGCUGGUGAAGUCAAAAUGUGGCAGGUGGUUUGUUGGAGCCUGACUCACUAACGCAGGCCUGUUAACUCUGCUGGGCUAUGUAUGGAAGCUCUGGAUACCCCUGUUAGUAUAUCUGCAUGAUGUCACUAUUCAAAUGACUCCCACUGUGGAACUUGAACAUGUACUUUUUGUUGUUAAUUUGCCAUUUAAUGUUCAAUAAACAGUUUGAAGUUA